AUGGAAAACAACAACGCGAUAGCAGCCGAGGGACCGGAGGGGGAGGCCAAGAUUGAGAAUGUCAAGCCGACAGCAGAUGAAGAGUCAGUCGGCAAGGAGCGGGGCACUCGUCCACGCAGGCAGCCCUAUCGAGAGGUCCACCCAGAAGAUGAAACUGGUAAAUGGGCAAUCAGGCGCAAGAUCUGGGACUACCUGGAGGAGAACAACCUGGUGAACCCACCCAGACCUUGUCACUAUCGCAUACCCAACUUUGAGAAUGCUGCGGUUGCCAAUGACAAACUGGCAACUCUAGAAGUGUUCAAGCAGGCCAAGACGGUGAAGGUUAACCCUGACAAACCACAGGAGCAGGCCAGGUUUUUGGUGUUGGAGGCUGGAAAGGAGCUGGUCCUAUUGAAUCAGAAAUACCCCUUGGCCUCCGCUCAGAAGCGGAUUGGACUGCUGAACCGGGUGGUGCCCCCAGAGGAUGCAGACAAGGAUAAACUGAGACACUGUUGCACAUCCCAGGGUGUGAAGGAAUGCAGCUUAGAGAUUGGUCUCGACGACAAGGUGAAGAUUGACCUGCUCAUUGUGGGCAGUGUUGCCGUGUCCAGAAAUGGAUUCCGCAUUGGGAAAGGAAAAGGGUUUGCUGACUUGGAGUAUGCCAUGAUGAGGACUUGGGGAGCCAUCGACGCCAACACCAUUGUGGUGACAUCAGUCCACGAUUCUCAGAUUGUUGACAUACCCGAGGACUUGGUUGGAGAGCAUGAUUUGACAGUUGACUUUAUUCUGACCCCAACUGAGCUCAUUGAGACCAAAUGCACUCGGCCAAAGCCUAGUGGGGUCAUUUGGAACCAUCUGGAAGUGAAUAAAUUCUUUCAGAUUCCUGUACUGAAGCAGCUCCGUGACCUGGAGCGUGAGCUUGGACACAAUGUCUUGCUGAAGGGUCAGGAGAAUGAGGAGGAUGACCCCCUGGAAAAGGUUGAGCCACCCCGGCCUCGUCGAUUCAGGCGCUUUGGUCGUGGCGGUUACAGAGGACGGUUCCGUGGUGGUGGAUUCAGGCGUGGAGGCACCAGACGUAGGACUGAUGACGACAGCAAUAAGGAGAAUGUGGAGACUGGCGAUGAAUCUGGAGCUGACGGAGAUAACGAAGGAAGGGGAAGACGCAGAAACUUCCGCAACCGCCGGUUUAGCAACCGGGGUGGCAAACCUCGUGCUUCGGAAUCUGAGCAUAGUGAUGGUGGCGGUGAAGGUGGCCAGGGAGAUGGGGACGAUAAGGGUGCACCGGGCAGAUACUCAAAUCGACGUCGCUUCCAGCGCAGGCGACGCUUUGAAGGUGGCAGUCGUAGAGACAAUAGAGGAGGGGGAGAUCACUCUGGCAGUGAUGGGGAACAGAAAACAUCUGGCGACGAGGACGGAGAAGGCCGCAGACCUCAACGUCAGAGAUUUCGCACUAACCCAAAUGCUAUUGUGUGGGUUGGGGGGCUGUCUCGCCGCCUGAGGGUCAGUGAGUUGAAGACGGAGCUUCGUGCCAUGCAGGUCAACCCCCUGCGCCUGGUGUGGCGUGGUGCUCGCGGGUUCGCAUUCAUCCACUUUCAGACUGUUGACACAGCACAGGAAGCAGUCUCAGUGUUGACAGGCAAACAGCUGGAUGGUAAAGAGAUCAAGGUUGAGAUGGCUAACAAUGAUCGUCCACGCCGCAGGGGUGGAGAUCGGGCCAACAGCAAAGAGGACAACCCAUCCUCAGAGCAGGUUGAAGCGGGUGACAGGUAA